AUGGCUACUGACUGGCAAACGGAGUGUAUUCUGCCUCAGCAUCAACCUACUCUGGACAGUAUCGGAGCGCAUACGGACAGAGCGUUGCAGAACACCUCUGGGAACGUUCAGACCUACUCGGACAGCCUUGCACACAGUGGAAUCCCUGGACGGGAUGAUCAUUUGCAUCAUCUAGCGUACAAGUAUCCUCAACCUCCUGUACCGACACACCCAGUCCCCACGGUUCAUAGCCUUGGACCCCCUCAAAGCCUACGAUACCAGACAAAGAGGCUGCGGCGUCUGCAGUCUGUUGGUCCGAACCUCGUUGGGCCGCGUCGACCUAGAAGCUACCUCAGGUCCCAGAAGUAUCUAGAGUACCGAGCCCGCCCUCGUCGGGACACUGGCAAAGAUGGGGAACCGGUAUGGUCGGACGAACUUGAAGACGCGUUUCAACAAGCUCUCGAAGCGAAUCCGCCGAUGGGCCGACGGAAAUGGUCGGAACGAGGAAAGUCCUAUGGUCGAAAUGAACUUAUUGCUGAAUACAUCCUCAAAAAGACUGGUAAACGACGAACCAGAAAGCAAGUGUCCAGCCAUUUGCAAGUCCUCGACUCAUUCCUCAAAGGAGACCCGGACUGGGAGCGCCUUGUACGAGAAGAGGCGGCCGUCCGCUCGAACAGCCAACAUCCGCCCAGUGGUCCAAAAUGGAGGGCUUCCUUGGACCCUCCCAUGCCAAGUCCUUAUGGCAAUCACUUCCACACCCCCCAUUAUGAUCAUUUGAGACUGGGGCAGGCCUAUGCUGGCGAUAUCUCCUCGGCCCAUAUCUCCCUCAAUUCAAGCCUUCACGACGCCAGCAUCAAUACUAUUCAGGGGCUUGGGUUUGAUAUGUGGGUGAGCGCCCCCGACAAGCCAAACCGAAUCGACAGCGCUCUCCAUGUCUACAGCCGCCUGCAGGGAGACCAGCGCCAUCCUGCUGCACCGCCGUUGCCAUUGAAGGACUUGCCAGGGUGGCAGACUUCUUUUCCUCAUUUGAAUUCAUUGAUCGCAGACCCCAGCACCCCACUUGAUUGCGAGAUCAUUCUGCUCGAAGCCAACCUGAAGUUAAUGGAUGACUUCCCCGAACCUCAUUCGAAGUUGGGCAUCCACCUGGAACUCGAUUUUGCCCAGGCAACCACGGGCGAUAUGCCCAUGGUUCACCAGAUGAGCAACUGGACUUGUAAGACGUACAUGUAUGAGAACGGACAGAAGACCAACGAAGGGUGCCAGGAGGUGGCCCAGCCGGGAUCCACCAAGGUCAAGCCUCUAUUUGAGUCCAAGUGGUGGGCCAACAUCUUCACACUGCUUACACAGGACCAGAAGAUGGCCGAAAGAGCUGGCCAGCAUCAUGUUUCGGAUGAACACUCUAGACAGUUCUUUCGGACCCUGACCGUAGUGCAAGAGAUUCGAGCCAUGGCGCCCUAUAACUUGCGACGGAUGUCCAAUUCCUACUCUGACCAUGGUUUGACUGAACCGAAACGCGUGGCAAUUCUGCUCUGGAAGUUCCGACAGACGAGACCCAAUGAGGUCGGCACCACCACCUGGCGUCGCAUCAUCCCUCCCCCCGAGCGGACAUCGCAUGCGAGCCCCAAAGCAGCCUCUGGACUUGACCUGCCUCCUCUCCCCUCGGAUUCGAUCUUGAUGAACCGGCCCGGUCCCAGUGCGUACCACCCGUCUCAACCUCAUGAACUGCUGCACACCACCACUGGCUCUCAACCUCACUGGCCUCUGUACCACCAGCCCCAGGACAGUGUAGCAAACAUGUUCAAUCCGAACGGGCCAUUUGACUUCUUAGGAUCCAUGCCCAAGGCGGAAGAUCGCUUGGUGGACAAGACAUCGGUGACCUCGGUGCUGGACUCAUUCUCUCAUCUCCACCCACACGAGACUAGCCAGCCCACAAGCCUCGGUGGCUCGUCUGGCGGGCCCGUCAUGAUGAGUGUCCCGGAUCUGUCUCUAUCGCAUUCCAGCCUGUCUGGAUACAGUAUCGGCCCCGAUGGCCACUACGUGCCGCCGCAGUCCCAUGGGGUCGGCGUGCACGACAACAACAAUGUACUCCACAGCAUUUUCGGCACCAGCGCUCAAUCUCUUGAUGAUAUCGGCCACAGUCACGCCGCGUGGGCCACACCCACGACGACCGGCAUCCAAGGCGAUGUCACUGGGGACAAUUACACGCACCUGCACCACUUCCAGCCAUCCGACCAUCCGAGUUCUGUACCUCGGGAGUCCCACGCGGCCACGAGCUUUGAGGGACUUCUGCCCCCGGAUGAUCUGAUGGACAAGCUGGUCGGAAGCAUGCCCGGCGAUCCGGGCCUCAACGGGAGUGGUCACGAUCACCCGCAUUCUGCAUAUGCAGACAGUAAUUCGGUCGAGGCGGCUUGAUG